AUGGUCGACGGUGUUACGAUCUUCGGCAUGAUGCGUUCUAUCGAUUUCCCCGGGCUUGAAUCGUCGCUCGAUAUUUUCUACCCAUGGCAUAUUCGUAAGUCUGAAAUCAUGCAGGGUGGCCGCGUACCCAAGGUAGUAAGGACACGCACUGGCUGUUUGACCUGCCGGAAGCGAAGGAAAAAAUGUGACGAAUCAGUACCGGUUUGUGUCAACUGCAAUCGCACCUCCAGACGAUGUGAGUAUGGCGCAUGGGUUCGUUUCAAGCCCGUCGCCGGAGGCGUCGACAAACACAAAACGGCUGCCACAAGCACGGCGAGUCCCCCCCAGAAAUCCUCCCUCAGGGCCAAGGUCCUCCUUCAUGAUGCUGAUAGAUUUCAAUUUCAGACGAAUGCCGCCUCGUCGCACCAUCUUCCGUCGUCUUCGGCACCACAAGCAACUCCAUCGGAGUCCGAGUCGACGGACACUCCGCAGACUCUGUUGCCAUCAACCGCAACUCUUUGCGUGACCCGAAGGCCAGGUAAUGAUACAGAUGAGGUUGAAAGCCAUUAUGGGCCGGGGUAUCGGAGGUUAAGCACGCCUUCUCCUGUCUUCCCUCCCCUUACAGCGUCGCUUGACAGACCAUCUCCAGCCACGGGUAGUCCGGUGCUGGACGAACCGCCUGGCACAGAUAACCGCGCAUUGGUGACAAACAUUCCGAUUGGCAUGAAUACAAACAAUACCUCAACUCGUCAUGAUUCUCCAGAGUCCGCCGAACAGGACGCCUCGAGGUCGUUUGGGAACGUGUCUGCCAAAACUCUACUCGAUCACUCGCCAGCCAUCUACGCGAGUGUUACCGAGAUACUCACCCGAGAGGAGGAGGUGCCCUUUGUGCAAGAAUAUCUGCGCUAUGUUGGUCGGUGGAUGGAGAAUAGCGAUCCCCUGCGCCACUUCACGGUCCGGAAUGUGCACGAGCUACUGGACAACUCCCUCUGCAGGGCAUGCAUUCUGGCGCUAUCGGCCCGCUACAAGUACUCGACCGACUCGAGCUGUUCAUCCCGACUCGAGCUCCAGCUCUACCAGAACGCCCUCCAGAAACUCAUCAAUUCUGCCACAGUGGAACAAGCCACCUGCGCAACACUCGUCAGCUGUAUCCUCCUUGCCGUUUAUGAAAUGAUGACCUCGAAAUAUUCAGACUGGCUCCGCCACCUCGAAGGCUGUGCGGCGAUACUGACUUCAAAGGGGUGGAACGCGUCCACGGGCGGGCUGGUGUCCUCUUGUUUCUGGUCGUACGCCAAAGUCGACAUCUGGGCGGCAUUCUGCAACAACACGUGUACCCUGAUGCCACCGAAGGUCUGGUUUGAUGACACCAAGAACCUUCUUUCCGGCGUAGACGUCGAAUUCGGACAACACGCAACCAUUCUGCUCUGGGUUUUUGCGCGCAUCGUCAACUUCCUCUCGUAUGCUGAUAAACAGCCUGUACACGAGACCCGGGCUGAGUGGACCGAACUCUGGGACGCACUCGAGGCCUGGAAAGACAUGGGCUCCAACUCGACAAACCCCGUCAUGUCGCUAGGCGCGGAGGCCGGCGCCGAGACGAGGACGGGUGCGAGCCCCUUUCCAACAGUGAUAUAUGUCAACCACACUUCAGUCAUAGCCUGGACAAUGUAUCACACCGGAAUAGUUCUCCUCCUCGAGAUGAAAGAAUUCUGCUCCCUGGGGUUGACGAGAGAGGCAGUCGGCGACCUCAUCUACUCGAACGCGCGCAUGGCUUGUGGCAUUAUAGCCUCCAACCUUGAUCCUCCUUGCCUGGUCAACUCGAUACAAUCACUGUGGAUCUGUGGGCGAAACAUGCGGGCUGCUGCAGAGAAGAUGAAGGUGCUCCAGCUCCUGACGACUGUCCAACGAGAAACGGGGUGGAAAUGCGGCUGGCGAUCACAGGAUCUGUUGAGGAUGUGGGAGGUGGACCUUUGA